AUGACAAGCACAAUCGGUAUUCCCAUCAAGCUCCUCAAUGAGGCAGCUGGCCAUAUUGUCACGCUUGAGAUCACAUCCGGCGAAGUGUACCGUGGCAAGCUCAUCGAAGCUGAGGACAACAUGAACGUACAGCUCAAAGACAUCACAGUGACCGCGCGUGAUGGUCGUGUCUCGCAUCUUGAGCAAGUUUACAUUAGGGGCAGCCAUGUGCGCUAUUUCAUCGUCCCCGACAUGUUGAGAAACGCGCCUAUGUUCCGAUCGAGGGGUAUCAGAGGACGCGGUGUCGGUCUCGCACGUGGCAGAGCGACUGUCAUCAGGGCGAGAGCUAGCGGAAGGGGUGGACGUUGA